AUGAAUACUACAAAGUUUAGUACUAUUGCUUGGAAACUUGAUAAAGAUAAUUUGGAUUUGGUGGAAAAACUCUAUGAUAAUUGUAAAUUACAAGGCUUAAGUGAGAUUGAAUUACUUCUUAAAACUUUGUACGAUGAUGAAAGCAUAGUGGCCAAUAUUGAAAUAAAGAAUGCAUUCAAUAACGAACGAGAUCAGGAUGAAUUUAUUGCUCUUAAAACAACUAGUAUUGGUAAUGUAGUCAAUUAUGAUAAAAUAGGUCAAUCAUCAAAAAGUACUGUUGAACAAAGUUAA